CCUCCGCCCCGGUGUAACCUGGGAUUCCCGGUGGCCACGUUAAAACCCAGCCCCGCGCGCGCCCAUGCAGAAGAACAAAGGCCAGCUUACUGAUCCCCGUCAUCCAUUCUAACCCUGCUCGCCGGCGACCAGAGCCAAGCUAGGGCGGGAGGUAGCUAGCUAGCUAGGCGUGGGAAUGGCGAUCGGCGGGAUCAUCGGCGGCCACCACCGGCACUCCGUGGUGGCGUCGCGCGUGGCCAUGUUCGCCCACCUGCUCUUCCUCACCACCGCCGUGCUCAUGCUCGUCUGGCUCCUGCGCUUCCGCGGCGGCAUCAACAUCCAGUCCGACGACCCCGAGCAGAUCUUCAACGUCCAUCCCUUUGUGAUGACAUGGGGGUUCAUUCUUCUCAUCGGUGAAGCCAUACUGGUGUACACGACGAUCCCGAUGAACCACCGGGCGCAGAAGAUGGUGCACAUGCUGGUGCACCUGGUGGCCUUCGUCCUCGGCGUCUUCGGCAUCUACGCGGCCUUCAAGUUCCACAACGUGGCCGUGGUGCCGGACCUUGUGAGCCUCCACUCCUGGAUCGGCAUCGGCGCCAUCUCCCUCUUCGCGCUGCAGUGGCUCAUCGGCUUCGCCGUCUUCUGGAUGCCCGGCACGCACGAGCACACGCGCGCCGCCGCGGCCCCCGUGCACGUCGCCGGCGGGCUCGUCAUCUUCCUCCUCGGCGUCUGCGCCGCGCAGACGGGGCUCGUCCAGAAGAGCGCCAGCGCCACGCCCGGCACCGAGGCCAGGCUCAUCAACGUCACCGGCCUCUUCAUCGUCUUCUACGGGGUCACCGUCGCGGCCACCGUCAUGCUGCGCAUCGCCACGCGCUACCAGUAGCUCGGUCGGUAGCCCCUCUUUUCGAUCGGGUGGUCGGACACCGGCCGCGGACGCCGGCCGCCCGAUGAGUCUGUGUGCAUGUCUGUUUGAUUGGUUGGGUUUCUUUCACCAUUUGUAUCUACGGCUGGUACAUUUUACGUGUACAUGUAAAGCAAGUUUGGGUGGUUUGCA